AUGUUGGUUGUUAACAAGACUGUCAGUGGGAGCAUCUCAGCUUACACAGUAACUGAACUGACAGAAUUAACACGUUACAGUGUGUGGCUUGUUGCAGUCAAUAUUCGACGAACUGACAAAGCAAAAUUGACAAGUCGUCCAAGUCAAGUGAUAACGUUUGAUACAAAGGGUGGAGCAAAUACUGCUCCUCAAGAAAUUAUGUCUUCCCAAGUGACUAGUACUUCAGCUCUAAUCACUUGGCAGCAACCACUGUUUUCGACACCAAGAUCAGUCCGUUACUAUAUCAGAUAUUUUAAAUCAACAAGACCUGAUCGCAACAGAUUCCCGCAAUCUACAAGGGAAAGAAGAUUCAAUCUUACAAAUUUGGACAUUUAUACAAACUAUACAAUAGACAUAGCAGCUUAUGUAAAUCCUCUGUUGUCUACUUAUUAUGCAUCAUAUAAUUUUACAACUAAACAAGCUGCACCAAGUCCUCCACAGAAAGUAAAAGCAAAUGACAUCAGAUCUAGAAGUGUAUCAAUGUCUUGGACGCCGCCACUUCGUGCCAAUGGCUUGGUGAAGAAAUACAGAAUAUAUAUUCAGUCUGAUCACACUAGUCGACCCAAUAAUCUUAAUAAUGGCAAUAAAACAGUUUCACAGUCACAGAGAGUUGAAACAAUCGGCAAAUUGAUUCCUUUCACUACCUACUAUGUUUGGGUUACUGCCAUCAAUGUGGACGGGCGAGAAUUAGAAAGUGACUUUGAACGUCCCACUGUUUUCAAAACCAAUGCAGAAGGAUCAUCACCUCCAAGACAAGUUCAAUGGUUUAACGUUACUUCUCAUUCAGUCAUCGUCUCAUGGAGAAAGCCAGUCAUAGUUCAUGGAAAUGUUGAGAAAUACAGCGUGUUGUUGGUUUCAUUUCUAAAGCAAAAGACUGUCAAGAAAUUAUUAGCAAAAAAACAUGAAAAUAGUCUUUUCCUUUUUGUUGACAAUCUUGUGCCCCAUACUCAAUAUACUGUUACAGUUCAGGCUGGAACUCGUACAACAUGUUGUUCAACUUUACUGUGGAGUGAUCACAACACAGAUGAACCAACAGUCACGUUUACAACACAACAGACUGCUCCUUCACGCCCCGCAAGACCAAAUGUUACAAAUGUUCUCUCUCGUUCUUGUCUGAUUAAGUGGAAACUUCCUGAUUCUCCCAAUGGUGACAUUCAGUUCUACCUCUUGUCUCUUUAUAAGAAAGCUGACAAUACCGAUCCAUCGAUAUCACAUAAAACAUCAAACAUAGAUACGUUUAGACAUCCUGCAAAGAACAGCACUCUUCAAAUGGAGCUGUUUUCUUUAUCGCCUUACACAGCUUACGGAGCCGCAGUAACUGCAGUCAACGUCAUGAACAAUACAGAACUAAAAUCCAAACAAAGUGAACUAGUGAAUUUCACAACUGCAGAUGAAACACCUACGGCUCCAUCUAAUUGUGAUAUCAAGAAAAGAAACAGCACAUCUAUUCGUGUGUCGUGGGACACUCCUUAUCCGUUUGACUACAAAGUAGAAUUUUACAAAGUAAAGGUCAACUAUGCAGCGAACAAAGACGUAACAGCUAAGUUGCUCACGGUGUACCAUCAGUCCGUUCAACUAAGUAAAUUGCGUCCUUACACGAUGUAUGAUAUAACUGUCGUUGCUGUCACAAACAACACAAUAAUUCUUGAAGGGCCAGCUUGCUAUUUGCAAACACGGACUACUUUGCCAGUACCGGACAUUCCUUCCAACUGCACUGCCACAAAAACCAAUUUAACUUCUCUUCUUGUGAAAUGGAAUCCUUAUUCUUCAAGAGACGACGCAGUUGCAUUCUAUCAAUUAAUAUUUCAGUCUCAAUUCGAGACGAAAAUUGUCAAGACCACACAAACGAGACUUCAAGAGACGAAUCUUACACCUGAUACCAACUACAACAUCACAAUUAGUGCAUUUACAAACAACACGAAACUAUUGAGUGGGCCACCAUGUCAAUUGUUAGCAAGAACCGGCAAAAAUAUUCAUGAGUCGAAGUCUACUGCAGCACCUCUUGUUGUUGCUGUAGUGUUACCCUGCUUGCUGGUGAUUGUUAUUGUUGUGGUUGCUGUUUAUGUCGUUCGGCAUCGCAAAAGAUGCUGCAACAGUCACAUGCUGAAGAACGACGCCAAAGACACAGAAACAAAUGCUUGUUGCUAUGAGAUGCCAUCAAUUGCACAAACCACACGUGCAAUCGAUGAUCUAGACAUGACAGAAAGUAAUGCAUAUAAUUCUGUCACCGUGGAGACAAGUGAGAUUGCUUCAUACGCUGACGUUGGCACAACAAUGAUGCAGAGCAAAGUUGGGUCACUAACAACAUCAGACGAUUCCAUUAUCUACGAAGAAGUAAACAGUUGAAUUUACAUCAAUGGUGCAAUAUUUGGUCAAACACGAAACAUACGCGUAUCACGUUUCUGUAUACAAAGACAGGAAAGAAAAACGUAUGUGAUCAAACUGUGGUAAAUAUUUAUGAAGCUGCACUGUUGAACUAUGAAGCUUAGUUACUUUCGGCGAUCUCAGAUCUAGUCAC